AAAUUUUUGUUUUUUUUUUUUAUAUAAAUCAAUUCUAUAUCAUUGUGUAUUAUUUAAUAACAUGAUAUAAAUAAUUGACGUAGGUUAUCUUUAAUAAGUCUAUGAAAGUUUAUAAAUAAAAUUUAUAUCAUGAACGAAAUAAAAGAAAUAAAUAUAUAUCGUGAUACUCCUAUUAGAUAUUUAGGAUAUGCAAAUGAAAUUGGAGAAGCUUUUAGGCCUAUAAUUCCACAUUCAAUUGUAUGGUUUAGUUAUACUGUAGCCAGUGGAUAUGUUCUUGCAGAUACAAUAAACAGUGGCUUUAACACUUAUUCAAACAGUGUUACUACAAAAUCAAAAAAUGUUUUACUUUCUAUGACAGACACUUUGUUAUGGCAGUCAUUUGCAUCUGUAAUUAUUCCUGGUUACACAAUAAACAGAGUUUGUGCUGCUGUACAAUUUAUACAAAAGAAAAGCAAUAAUACGCAUUUAAAAAGUAGAUGGAUUCCAACUUUAAUUGGUUUAGCAACUAUACCUAUUAUAAUACAUCCUAUAGAUAACUUAGUAGAAGAAAUAAUGAAUAUUACAUACAGAAAAUGGAUACGUUAUUAUCCAAAAUGACCACCAAUCAAAAAUUAUAUCAUAAUUAGUAUAAUUAAAUCAAAUAUUUCUGAGAAUUGAUUCAGUUUUCAAAUGAAAUAAAAGAUGUUGCACUUAUAUAUGUACAAA